AGUUGGGGUUCAGUCAUGGUUGUGAGCCUGGCUUGGAGGAGAAAAAGUGGUUGUUUCGUCGAGGAGGGAGGGGCAUCAGGAUUCGCAGCGUUGAAACGUGUUUUUUAGGCGACGGCUUUCCUCUCCGUGAGGAGACGAGUAUCCCAAAUCGCUGCCAAUUUCUUCCAAAAUCCCCAGAGCCCUUAACCAGCUUCCCAGCGGCAGGAGCCCAGUUUCUUCCCCGAGGGAUGGGCAGCAUCUACAUAUAGAGGACACACAAAAAAGUGGAUCUUUCGAGUCGCAUGUGACCCUGUCUUUCACCUGAAGAGUAUUUCAUGCUUUACAUUUCAGCUUUCUGGCAUCUAUGGUUUUUUUUGUUUUUGCUUCUUUCUCUUUUUGGAAAAAUUAUCCAAAGACCCAGAAAGGAAGUGGACCAAAUCUCAAAUCUCCCAGAUUUGGGGAACAGAAAAUGGAUCGGGAAUCAGAGGACACCAAACUUUCUGAGAAAUUGGGCACUGCUUUAAAAGUUUCAGAUGGUGAGGGAGAGACACAGAAACCAUCGUCAGGGCAUCUAAGUUGUGAGUCAACUUCACACAGGCUAACACCUAUGGAGCAUGAAAUAUUAGGAGCCAUUGGUAAUGCUGAGAAGCAACGAUCUGCUCACGUUGAUGACGAAGAGAUAACAGAAGAGCGCUUCUUUGAAUGUACAGAAUCACUGGAGACUGAUAGUUUUGUGGACACAGAAGAUGCUGUGACACAUUUAGAGCUGGAGGAUGAUUCUGAAAUAAAAGAAACCAAAAAGUUUGAGUUAGAUGAAGAAUAUUUAAGAGAACUGGAAAAAGAAAUGCCUGAAGAAGAAAAGAAGCGAAGGCAAGAGGCGAGUCUAACAUUGAAAGAAGUAGGAAAUGGCCAGUUUAAAAAAGGAGAGUAUACAGAAGCUGAGAACUCUUAUACAGAAGCUCUUGGUGUUUGUCCAGCAUAUUACCAGAAGGACAGGUCUAUCCUUUAUUCCAAUCGUGCUGCUGCAAGAAUGAAACAGGAUAAUAAGGAAGAAGCCAUAGCUGAUUGCACCAAAGCGAUUGAGUUAAAUCCCAAUUACAUACGUGCAAUACUAAGAAGGGCAGAGUUGUAUGAGAAAAUUGAAAAACUCGAUGAAGCACUGCAAGACUAUAAAACUGUUGUCGAGAAAGAUCCAUCAGUAGGACCAGCCAGGGAAGCCUGUAUGCGAUUACCACAACAGAUUGAAGAAAGAAAUGAGAAAAUGAAAGAAGAAAUGCUAGGCAAGCUGAAAGAUCUUGGCAACAUGGUUCUUCGACCCUUUGGCCUGUCCACUGAAAACUUCCUGUUAAACAAGGAUCCCAACUCUGGCUCAUACUCUAUCAACUUUGUGCAGAAUCCAAAUAACAAUAAUAGAUAAUGCUUAAUUUGGAAAACAGCUCAAUGCGAGGAUAUGCUGUAAAAAAAAGUUAUCUAAAAGUAUUGCUUUUCUAGGCAUACAAGAAACUGAUCUGUUCCAAUUUUUGCCAUAAAAAAGCAAGCAUUUGUUUACAGUUAGAACCUGCACAGGUUUCAAGACACUGCUUGAGCUGCUUGAUGAAAGUAAAAGCCAGCAGUGAAAACAAGUUUUAUUUUGUCAUUACAUCUGGAUAAGUGUUAGCCUAAGUGUAACACAGUUAAUGAGCAAAAACAGUUCAUCAGUUAAGUUGCCAUGUUAUCACUAGGUAAAUUUGUUGUUAGCCAUGGACAUUUAAAAUGUGCAAACUGCUGAAGCUUGAUGUUUAGCUUAAUACUGAUCAUGCUGAAUAUAUCAAUAUUGCCCAUUGCCUUAUUUUCUGUAGAUUUAAGAAAUUGUUUGAAUAUGAUUCAGCGUGAUUCAGACAACUUCCUGCAAAUAAAAAUAUCAAAAAUGUGAAUUUUUUUUCCCCAUGAAUCCAGUAUUGUUUUGGUAUGCAUUUGGAAUUAACUUGGAGCAGGUGGUCUUGACAGAACUUCAUGAAGCUUAACCAUCUAGAUGGAUUUUAAAAGAAUUUCUUUUUCAUAUUCAUAAUGCAGAAACUGGCUUUUCCGCUGAGCAGAUCCAUGCUGGCAUUUAUUAUCAAGCCUCUUCCCACCCAUUCUAACUGAAUCACCUCAAACAAAACCUUCUGUUGUAUUUUCCCUCACUUGUUUAUCUAACUUCCCCUUAACUGUAUCUUCACUAUCUUCCUGAGCAACUUGAUGUAAUGAGUUCAACGUUCGAAGAACUACAUGAGGAAAUAGUUUCAAUGCGGACUUCCGAAGAAACUUAUUGGCUAUUUUAUAUUUCUGACUCCUGGUCUCACCUGCACCAACGCUGCCAUCGUCUCUUCAACCCCCCAACAUAUACACACACACAUGCAUGUGCGCGCACACGUAUUCUGACCUUUGUCGUGAGCCUACUACAUAGUACCUUAUUAAUAAAGAACUUCUUGAGAUCCAAGUAUAUUUUGUCUGCUACAUUACCUAUAUCUGUUUUAAUUCAUAAAUAUUCAUUCACAUUUAUCAAACAAAACUUCUAAUUUUGGAAUGAAUACUUCAUAUUCUUUCAGUGUUUCUGUUUCUACAUGUUUUGCUGUUGCACCUUUGAAUAAGGAUUCCUUUAUUUUUCACACCACUCAUGUUAAACAAGUUAACAUUGAGCCUGUUCUGUCUCCCCAUGUUUACGAACAACUGUCUGCCAGUGCUGUGACUCUGUUCCUUUCUUAUAAGUAGUUAGUUCUGAAUGUUCCCUAUUCUCAUUGGCAUUUAUUCGACCAUGAUUAGCUAAAGUUUAUCUCUUUUUAAGAUUGUUCUGUUUGUGACUGAGGGAAUGAAUGUUCAAGUCUGUUGCAUUCUGGAAAAAACUGAAAGAUUCCAUUGAACUAAACUUUGUUAGAACUUGUGACAGGCCAGAGGAAUGAAAGUCCUUCAUUUGUUCAGAAACAUAGUCGUUUAUCUUCAGUUUCUACAAGCAUUAAGGGUGCUCACUGUCAUCUAGAUUGGAAUAUGGGUGCUUUUCCUGUUUAAGUAAUUGUAUGUUGAACUCUGGUAAUCUGCUAAAUAGUAUGAGUUCAAGCUCUGCAAUCCGUUUCCGUUUCCUGCCUCUCCGUAGUUUGUUGUAUUCCUUUACCAGGCGGAGAAGAAAUUGCCUUUCCCAUUUCUCUCUCUUGUAAAGUAUAAGUCCUCUGAAUUCUGUUAUUGGGGGGGGGGAAAAGGUAGUUGCAGUGUUUGAAUUGCAGUGUUUGUUUAUGCUGUUUACAGCUGCAUUCAUUUGAGGCUUCCUUCAGUUGAUUUGACUUCAAUUCAAGUCUACUAUGUAACUUCAGGUACAAUACUGGUUCACAUAGACCUCUGAUCCGUUCCAGCAAUUGACUAUUGACCUGUCUGAUGUCUGCCAUUAUGCACUGUUGCAUAAUGCCGUAAUGUGUGAAAAAGAAAUGUUCGGUGCGAGCUUAGAUCCAUCAUGUAUUGUAAACUCGUAUUGGCAAGGUGCUAUCAGAGACCAGUGUUCUCCUAUAAAACAAAGGAAAAACAGAAAUUGUUGUGAUAUGUAAAAACUAAGGAUGAAAUAAAAUACCCCACUUAAAAUUCUGUCUA